AUGGCCGUACACCCACUUGCCGACCUGACGGCCGAGGAGGUGGUCCAAGCGGCGAACCUGAUUCGGGCACAGCACCCGGGGGCGCAGCUGGCCUUCAAGGCAAUCACGCUCGAGGAGCCCGACAAGGCGUUGACGCUGCAGUAUCUCGAGGCCGAGCAUGCGGGCCGCUCUGUGCUGCCGCCGAAGCGGAUUGCCUUUGCGGCCUACUACAUUCGGAAGACGACGGACUUCUUCACGGCGCUGGUCCACCUCGAAGCCGGCGAGGUGGCGGUGACGAAGCAGACGGGCGCGGGUGAGCACGGCAACGUGGACUUUGCCGAGGUGCUGGAGGUGGAGAAGGCGACGAUGGCGUGUGCGGAGGUGCAGGCGGAGAUUGCGCGGCUGCAGCUGCCGGAGAAUCUCGAGGUCGUUCCGGAGCCGUGGGGCUUCGGGUCGGACGGCGGUGAGGACGACAUGACCCGGCUGUUCCAGGUGUACAUGUUCCUGCGCGACAAGACGGUGCCGGACAGCAACCACUACGCGCGGCCGCUGGCGUUUUCGGCCAUCUUCGACCCGACAGCGAUGCGGCUGGUGCGCAUCCAGCGCAUCGCUACGGGGGCCGACCACACGAUCGCGGCCGAGACGGCGCCAUACAAGGUGAAGCCGGGCAGCGACUACGUGCCGGCCGCACAGCCGCAGCUGCGCACCGAUCUGAAACCGCUGCAGGUGGUGCAGCCGUGUGGACCUAGCUUCGACGUCUCGGCCGACCGGAUCGUUCGCUGGCAGAAGUGGGAGAUGCGCGUGGGCUUCAACUAUCGCGAAGGCGUGGUGCUGCGUGACGUUCGCUACGACGGUCGCCCGCUCUUCUACCGCAUCAGCCUCAGCGAGAUGUGCGUGCCCUACGGCGACCCGCGCUCGCCCUACCACCGCAAGAUGGCUUUUGAUCUCGGCGACGUCGGUGCCGGCAUGGUGGCUAACAACCUGCGUCUCGGCUGCGACUGUCUCGGCAGCAUCGCCUACCUCGACGGGCUCGUCUGCGACCGCGACGGCCAGCCCGUCGUCAUGCCCAACGCCGUGUGCAUCCAUGAGCAGGACAAUGGCAUCGGCUGGAAGCACACAAACUACCGCACCAACAACGCCUUUGUCGUUCGCAACAGAGAGCUUGUCGUCCAGACAAUCCUGACAGUGUCCAACUACGAAUACAUCCUCGCGUUCAUCUUCAACCAGGCCGGCGAGAUCGAGUACCAGGUUCGGGCUACCGGCAUGCUGUCGACAACCGCCAUUGACGAGGGCCUCAACGUCGACUUUGGCACCGUCGUCCACCCCGGCGUGCUCGCCUCCUUCCACCAGCAUAUCCUCUCGCUUCGCAUCGACCCGGCCAUCGGCAGCUACACUGACGGCAACACCGUCGUCCAGCAGGAGGCCCAGCAGAUGCCCAUGGACGCCUUUAACCCCUAUGGCAACGGUUACCGUGCUGUCAAGACCGAGAUCGCCCAGGAGGGUGGCCACGAUCUCGACUGGACCAAGUCGCGCGCCUUUGUCGUCAAGAAUCCCCACAUUGCCAACCCCGUCAACGGCCUGCCCAUCUCCUACAAGCUCGAGUUUCCGCCUGUUCCGACGCUGAUGUCCCACCCGGAGAGCUACAACGCCAAGCGCGCCGAAUUUGCCGACCACCACCUCUACCUCACAAAGUACCGUCCUGACGAGUUGUACUCGGGCGGCAAGUUCACCAACCAGAGCCGCGGACACAAUGGAAUCAAGAGCUGGAUCGAGAAGAACCAUGCCACCAUCAUCGACGAGGAUGUCGUUGUCUGGGUCCAGUUUGGCCUCAACCACUUCCCUCGCAUCGAAGACUUUCCCGUCAUGCCCGUCGAGAAGGUCAGCGUUGUCUUGCGGCCGGUCAACUUCUUCACCAAGAACCCGGCCCUCGACGUCCCACCGUCAAGCCAGGCCACCAACCAGUCCGUUCUCGUCAGCGGAGACAAGACCGAUUGUGCCAGCGGCUGCGCAAAACUCCGCACAACCGUUACGAAGCUCCGCAGCGAAGAGCGGCAGGAAGCAAGAAGCCCGCCACAGCAGCUGUUGCCAACGGGACAGCAAAAAGAGGUCGCAGACAUGCAGCGUCGAAUGCUGAGCAAGGAGGAGGAGGAGGCCGCCGGGCCCGAAGUUGAGGUGCGCCGUGAAGACCAGGAGAAGAUCAACCGUUUCAGCCGGCUGCACCAGCGGGAGCUCAACCUGGAGGAAGAACUGAAGGCGAAGAACAAGGAGAAGGAAGAGCUGGACGACAUCACAAUGGAGCUGGAGCUCAUCGAUGAGGACGACAAAGUGCCAUACAAAAUCGGCGACGCCUUCUUCCAGGUAAGAGCAAAUCAGGCACAGGAGAUGGUCGGCAUCGCAGCGGCGAAGAUGGAGGAGAGCAUGGGUGAGCUCGAGGACUCGCUCGGGUCUAUCCGCGAGGAGAUGACCCGGCUCAAAGUCGAUCUGUAUGCGCGCUUCGGGCGGAGCAUCAACUUGGAGACAUAA